CCGCGCUGUCAGGCAGCCCGAGGUGCCCGCUCCGCUCCGCUCCCCGGCUCCCGCCGCCGCCAUGUAUCUCUGCAGGGCCGCCUCGCAGGCGCUGGCCUCUCGCCUGAGCAGGGCUCCUUCUGCCGCGAGCCGCCUCAAGCAGCGUGCACCUCUUCGCCAGAUGUCAUCUGGGAGUGUUCCUGGCUCUUCUGGAGAGAACAUGAUUUACUAUCUCCUUGCUGGUGUUGCUGCUUUUGGUGGUUUAUUUUAUGCCUACAGAAUAGUCAGUUCAUCCCGCAGCAACUAUAUUGAACAUAUGAAUAUUCUUCAUGAGAGAGCUGAGGGGCGGAAAAACAAACCUUGGUCAAGCAAGGAGGGUGAUGAAGAAGAAACGGCUGAAAUCACUGAAGCAGAGACAGCCACGGAAGAGGCUGAUGCAGUAGCUGCUGCUGGACCUGCAGCACAGGAUGAGAGUUCUGGGGUAUCCCCAGAAACUGGAGGGGAGAAUGACUUACCGGCUCCAGAUACGUCCCCUGCUGUGGAGGAAGCACAGCAGGAAGCUGCUGCUAUUUUGGAAGUUGCUGCUAAUUCAGACGCUGCUGCAGUGCAAGAAACUAUGAGUGAAGUCUUGGAUGUUGCAGCUGCUUCUGCCCAUGAGGAAAACUUAGACAGUGUCAAGGAAGGAGUAGCCUCAGCAGCUCAAGAGAUUUCUGACCCAUCGUCAAGGAGCGAGGACGUUGAUGCUGAGGAGUCGGGGCAGACUGCAGAAGUUUCUGUGGAGGAGAAGACACCUGAAGAAGUUGCUAAGGAACCCUAAAGUAAGCAGUGCUGAAGCCUUUGAAAAGUUUGACGGAAAUAUUUGUGGCAAUCAACCAGCUGAUUCCUGUGUGAAACCUCAUACUCUUCCUUGGAGACAUAAAAGAAAUUGUGCAGUUUGUCAUACCACACACUGCUCAUUAGGACCAGUAUUCAUUGCUGCAACAGACAACCUAAUACGAUUUAAGUUGGUUAGAGAGACGCUUCUGUGAUUAACAUCUCUGCUUUAGAAAGUAGCAUCCAGUAAUAACUGUCAAAGCACCACUCAGCAUGUAAUAAAUAGACGUGUUAAGAGAAGCAGUAGACUUAACUGAAACCAUGUCAGCUGAACUCGUUUUCAGUCUUUGUUGUCUCGUUAUGUACAUUGAUUUCUUACUUUUGGUCCAAACUGUGGUGCAUAAUUGUGCCAUUGUAACAUUCCACGCUAAAAUGUAAGUAAAAAGUUUUAACUAAGUUAAAAUCUUAUAAAAAUUACGUGUUAGUAUUUUUAAAUUGGGUCACGGGGAAAAUAAAAACCUUGUUUGCUCCCAAGUUUGGAUUUGCAAUUGUAAGCAUAGGACGUUUGGAUGUACAAGAUCUAAUUUUCCUCCUGCAUAAACAUUUUAGAUGCUACCCUUCCUUGCACAAUAAUAUCCAGGAGUAAACACUUUUAAGGCUCCUGCUUUGAGAACAAAACCUGUUUGCAAGUAGUAGCAAUAGGUACUUCAUAGCAUGAAAAUCAAAAUAACACUGGUAGAAGUUAUCAUCAUUGAUCAAAGUGGCGGCUCCUACCUUGGGGGUGCUGGGCCCCGUUCCUACCAAACCUUAUUCGGCUUGCUGUAGUCUUUCUGUGUUGUUCUCUUAGCAGCGGCACGCAGCGGUGGUGUAACAACACAGAGGUUUGAGAGAACACUCUUGUACAAAUCACGAGCAAUUUGGGCUACGGUAAAGCUCUUCUCUGAGCACUUGCAGAUGGCCAGCAAAAUCCCCGUGGAAGGCUAUGCCACAGGUGUUCAAACGGACAAGGAUUCUUAGGGACUAAUAAAGAACAGAAUAGCUAAAUAGUCUUGUCUUGUUAGUAUUAUCUUAAUAAUGAAAAAAUCUAUAAUGAAUAAUGGGUUUGUAUGACACUGUUCUCCUCACCCUCCAUUAUGCUGUGGGCAUGUGCAUGAGCGUGCAUCUGCUACAAAAUUUUUACUGAGACCCCCACGUGCUGAAAAGCAUUACAGCCAUCACAGAAUGGCGAUAAUUCUAAACCAGGGCCAAAUAAGGUAUGUUAUACACAAUUUAUAUAGAAAGUGUGAAUUAUAGGGUGUAUCUGACUGCUUUCUCUUCAAGCAGAACUUUGGAAAACUGUUGAAAGGGAAAUUACAACAUUAUGACAUUCCUACCCAUGGCACAAAGCAACACAAGCUCCUUCCCCCAUCGUAAAGCAAAUUAUAAUAGUGUUCCAACACAAAUACAGCCCCUGUACCUGCUUAGGAAUAACGAAUAAUGCAGAGGCAAAAUCAGGCUCCUGAGCUUCAAGAAGCCAUACCACAGCCUUCUGCUUAAAAGAUAAAGCCACUGUGAUUAAAAGCGAUUUUUGUAGACAAAG